UUUCAUCUUUCAAAUUAAUUCAUAAUUUCAAAUUAUGAAAAAUAAUAGCUGCUCAAAAAAGGUAGAAGAAAUUGAUUCCAAUUAUCGUGUUAUUCAGAAGCUUCCUCUUGGUGAUAGUCCUUACGUCAGAGCAAAAUAUGCACAGCUGGUUGAGAAAGAUGCAGAAGGUGCAAUAGUACUAUUUUGGAAGGCAAUAAAUGAAGGAGACAGAGUAGAGAGUGCCUUAAAAGAUAUGGCUGCAGUAAUGAAACAACAAGAUAGAGCUGAAGAAGCCAUUGAAGCUAUAAAAUCCGUUAGAGAUAGAUGUUCUAAACUGGCUCAAGAAUCAUUAGACAAUGUCCUUAUCGAUUUAUACAAGAAAAGUGGAAAGUUAGAGGAGCAGAUUGAAUUGUUGAAGCAGAAGCUACAAAUGAUAUACCAUGGAGAAGCAUUCAAUGGUAAACCUACAAAGACAUCUCGAUCUCAUGGAAAAAAAUUCCAAGUUACCAUCAAACAAGAGACCUCUAGGAUACUGGGCAACUUGGGAUGGGCAUACAUGCAACAAACAAACUAUGCAGCUGCUGAAAUUGUUUAUCAAAAAGCUCAGCAAAUCGACCCUGACGCCAAUAAGGGUUGCAAUCUAUGCCUAUGUCUUAUGAAAUUAGCGCGAUUGAAUGAAGCAAGAACGGUUCUUGAAGACAUUUUACGAGAUAAACUCCCCGGUUCAGAUGAUCCCAAGUCGAAAAAUCGUGCUAUGGAGCUAUUGAAGGAGUUGGAAUCAAUUAAAUUUGUUUGAUCUAAUUCUUCACAAUUAGUAUUAUUAGAAGAUGUGUUUAUUGAAAAUCUUGAUCACUUGAUGAACCAAAUGGUCCCGUUUCGAUCGAGAAGACUUCCCAUUUUGGAAGAAAUAUCAGCUUAUAGAGAUCAAUUGGCUUGUUAAAUUAUAGUACAGUGUGAGUGUAGAUGCAUAUAAGUUUUUAGGGACAGGUUUUCUAUUGUAUCAAUUUGAAUGUUUUGUAGUGCAAUGUUCCUUUGGAGUAGUGGCUUUUUUUUUGUUUGAUCUUUUUUUUUUAUUUAUUUACUCUUCGAUAUUCUAUAUUUAUUCUGAGUUUCGAUUAAUAUUGAUUUGUAAGACUUAUUAAAGGAGAAAUGCUCCUUACUUUGAAUGUUUUUUUCGAAUU